GUUUGUUUUGCUUUAACACCCUAAAAAUAAUAAACAAUAUUUGUUUACAUGUACGUGUUGAUUGCGUAAACAGGUGCAGGUCGGAAUAGCCAAUAUAUACUGAGGCUCCGUUAUCAAUUUUCAAACCUUCGCUGUUCUAAUUAAAUUACCUUGAUACUUGGUGUGACUUGCCAUCAUGGAAUUGGAACAAAAUUAUUUUAUAUUUGUGCCUCACAUUAUUGGUUAUUUGAGAAUCCUGAUGGGACUCGGGUUAUUUCACUGUUUGCCUAACCACCCCGUCAAGGCUUUUUGGCUUUACACAUUCAGUUUUGCUUUGGACAUGGUAGACGGACCUAUUGCAAAGUACCUUAAUCAAAUGAGUGUUUUUGGCACUCUCUUGGAUACGAUGAGCGACAGAGGAACGCUGCUCUGCAUGUUAGCGAGACUGUGUCUCCUCUACCCCAGACAUGCUUUCCUUUUUAUUGGAAUCGCGUGUACUGAUGUAUCUAGUCAGUGGAUGCACGGCUACAGUUCACUUUUGCUUGGAAGCAGAACCUACCAGACAAUCGGCCUAGAGUGCAUGCCAUUCCUUUCACUUCCUAAAUUCACAAAAAAGGUGAUAUUUUGCGGAAGCAUAUUAUGUUAUGGAUUGUUAUACUUCACCACCUUCACCAAAGGACCGCGAGUUCCUGGUGUGAAAAUGGGGCUGUGGCAGGUAAUCUGUAUUGGCUGUUCUCCAUUCGCUGCCCUCCAGGUGGGUAAGACUCUAGUUGAGCUGGGAGAGGCCACCCUCAUCAUGGCGGCUCUAGACGCCCAGAAAGCUCAGAAGACGGGAAUAAUUAUGAGGGCUUUGGUUUCUUGAUCUUAGCAAAGAGAUGUAUGAGACUGAGGACAAGAAA